AUGUCCACCACGCUGUCUAACAAUCCCCCGGCGCGUAUAUCGCAUCUGGAGCAUCUGGCUGCCCUAUUGCAGGAUCCCAGCUGUCUAACAGCAGCAUCCAAGCUAUCAGAGUUCGGCGGUCAAGACAAUAUAACGCUUAUUGCCGCCGAGUCCCUGAGCAACGAUAUCGGCAAUGCCCCAGCUAAAGAGCUGGGAGAUGUCCACCACACCGCGUGCCUCGACAAUCUUGCAUUACUGAUGCUGACCUCGGGCAGCACCAGCCAUGCUAAAGCAGUUAUGUUCACCCACGGCCAGGUCUUCGCGGCGCUGGCCAGCAAGUACCAGGUGGUGCCGCUGCCGGAGGACACCUCGUUCUUAAACUGGGCGCUGGACGUCCUCUCAGAGCCCCAUGUAUUUCUAGAUAUCGUUGACCGCCAUCGCGUCUCUCGCACCUUUGCGCCUAACUUCUUUCUCACGCGCAUGCACACCAUGCUCGAGGGCCACGGCGCCGAGGAGCCCAACCACUGGGAUCUGUCUUCUCUGCAAUACAUCGCCUCUGGCGGGGAGGCAGUGGUGACCAAAACUGCUGCUGCGGUGGAAACCCUGCUCGCUCGCUAUAGAGCACCUAUAAAGACCAUCUUCCCCAGUUUUAGCAUGACCGAGACAUGCAGGGGUGCUAUCUAUAACAUACAUUUUCCUUAG